AUGAAUGCUUCCGCCGAAGCAGGACCAUCGCGACCUUCGCCUCCUCGUAUCCCUCCACCAGCUUUCGACGCUGCUUCCACAGAUAUAGUGAUGGAAGAUGUAUCGAAACCAAUAUCAACACCAGUACCAGGAGGGGAACCAGAUGAUGCUGUAGCGUUGUUAUUAAACAUAUCUUCAGCCAUGGAGGUACCACCAAAACCAGAAUCAUUAGAGGUGGUCAUGGAGGACCAAUCGGAUUUGGUGGAAGUGGAGAAACCUGCACCGCCGGAUGUCAAUUCGUACCCCUAUACACCGCCUGAAGAUAAAGAUACGAAUGAUCGACCGACCGCUCCUCCUCCCUCAGCAUCCAUAUCGAACCUACUCACAUCCUCCAAUGACAACUCAUCUCCUUCCGCAUCUGCACACCCUCCCACACCGACACGCACAAGCCCAGAUCCACCUGUGAAGACAAAGGGAAAACGUAAGCGAAAUACUACCUCGGGAUCUUCACGUCGUACAUCAUCUUCGGACCACCCUGCACACUGGUUAGGAGAGGAAAACACCAUAAUUAGAUGUAUUUGUGGAUUUACAGAGGAUGAUGGGUUCACUAUUCAGUGUGAGAAUUGCGGAGCGUGGGAACAUGGGAUCUGUUUUGGGUAUAUGGACGCGGCAUCAGCUCCAGAACAGUAUUUCUGUGAGUUGUGCGAACCUAGACCGUACGAUGCGGCUGGUGCGAGGCAAUUACAGAUGCUCGUGCAGAAUCAGCAGCGUCAGGAUAGGAUAGCAGCCCCACCACAGGGAGAGGUGUCACAAGUGGAGAAGGAGAAGGAAAAACCUAGAAGUAAAGGUGGUAAGACCAAGAGGGCGAGGACGGAAAGUGUACUGGAUGGUGAACUGGAUAAGGAUAAAGAAUCAGGUAAAGAACAUAGCCCAGGUGUGAUGGGCCCACCAGCAUCUAAACCGAAACGUAGACAACCUGGUCCAAAACCCCGUGCAAAGCAGAAUACCCUCGAAUCAUCUUCAACACCCGGUCCUUCCUCUUCUUCUUUCAAAGAACAACAACCGAUACUGGAAGAACCAGAAGAUGAUUAUUUCCGUAUAGAACCUUGGGCGUUGGAGUAUACACCGAUAAAAGAGAAUAUCGUCAGAGGUGUACUCGCCAGACAGAUAAUGAGGAAUGUCUACAAAGAAUGGGUAGAUGCGGAAGAAGAAAUGGUAGCGGCGAAAAGUAGAGCUGUACAUAACCCAUCUGGAUUACCUUCACCUACCGAAACUGGUAUACUACGUCUCUCGCCUGAUAAUCUAUUCCCUUCUCCUGAUUUCCACAUACUCGCUCCUCCAGUCCCACCAAUCUUUCUCUCUGGUCCGGAUCUCGAAUCACUCGCUUCAUCAACAUCAAUCCAAAUAGUUGAAGAUGCACCUUCUUUCCUUCCUCUCACGUAUGCCGAAAAUAUUUCUAAACAUGGUAUAUACACCCGUCCGACGAUAUAUAGUGUAUAUGCGGAAGAACCAAUUAAUUUAGGAUCUUUCAUCGGGGAAUAUAAAGGUGAAAUAAUCGAUUGUGAGAGUUAUCGAAAAGAUCCAAUCAACCAAUAUUCCUCUCUUGGCCUACCAAAACCUCAUGUUCGAAGUAUAGGUCCACCUAUCAACCUGAUGAUCGAUGCUAGAGGUUAUGGUAAUGAUUUCAGAUUCGUUAGAAGUGGUUGCCAUCCGAAUGUAGUACUUCGACCUUUGCUGUGGAGAAGUACCGAAAGUGAAUCACUCAAACUGAAAUUCGGUCUCUUCGCCUCCAAGGAUAUAGGAAAGAAGGAUGAACUGGUGUUAGGUUGGGAAUGGGAUGAUCAGCAUGUCGUACAUUCCCUUAGAUCCAUCGUUCACGCAGCUAUGCUCAAUGACGGUUCGCUGGCUUCACCGGGAUUUUCAGCAUCACCAAAAAUCAUCAGCUCGCUCUCGCACAAGAUCGACUCCGUCCUCACUCACAUCUUCGGUACCUUCACUGCGUGCGCUUGUGUUGUCCCUGGAACAUGUGCAUUAGCUCAGAUGGGUCAACUUGUCGAACCUAAGAUGAUGCAAGAUGGUCUAUCUCACGCCAACGAAAGAAAGAAAUUUCGAGUAGAUCUAGGUGAAUUAGUCGGAGCGGUCCGGGGUUGGAGAAGAAGAGAAUUGGAGAAUGCAGAGAUGAGGAAAUGGAGGAUGAAUGAGGGUCAAGCGUUCGAUCUAGGUCUUACCAGGAUGAGCUCACGGACUUCUGAAGCUCAAUCUCAGUCUUUGAGAUCGGAGGAACAGAGUUCUGAUCGUGUGGAUGAGUCUAUGGAGCAGGAUAUCGAAGGUGAGAAAAUUGCAGAAGAGGAGGACGAUCACGAUGGAGAUGUUAGUGUUCAAGGACCAGAAACGGCGCAGAAUGUCCAGGAGGAUACAGUGAUGGAAGAGGAGUCGACACUCAUCGAGAAACCCCAACCAGAACCUGAAGCAGCUCCCGAAGUCAUACGAGAAUCCGUUUCUGUUCCUGCGCCUGCGCUUUUAGCUUCUACCAUCAUCUCACCUGUCAAAUCUCCUCUCACUGAAACGCAAAUCAACAUUCAACCUGUUCAUCCCAUUUCUGCUCCUGCGCCUCAAAAACAAAUGUCUUCUCCCGCUCCACCCAGAACACCCAAAGUUGAACGACAAGAUUCUUCAUCAUCCCUUUCCUCUGCAAUCUCAUCCAUCAAGCCUUCUUUGGCCGACGAUAUGGACUCUGGAUCCGAAUCCGACUCUACGGCAGCUACUGUACCCAAAACUCAAUCGUCAGAUUCGGAUGCAGAUUCAGAUAUCAUGACGGAAGAUGAGGAGGAAAUGGGAUCACGUCUCCCGGUGGUUAGACCUAAUCACGAAUCGGAAGAGGAAGAGAUCGAUUUUCGAUCUCCGCCUGCUAAACCGAAAUCUGCCGGUAAUGCUCGAAAAGUUCGUCGGGUACUCUCGCCCAUCAUCGAAGCUUCUAAGCAUCUCAAUGGUCACGUCGAUGUAGAUCAUGAUAUGUCGGACGAGGAACGAGAGGUACAUAUCAACAAACCUAAGAAGAUCAAGUUGAAAAUUCCGGAUAGUAGCCCAAAGUUAACGUUGAGCGAUACUAAGAAAACAUCCAUCUCGCCUGGAAAGCAUGUAGGCAAGAGCAAAAGAGGUAGGCCAAAGAGAAUUGUCUCUUCCUCAGCGUCGGAAAAUGAAGAUGACGAGCAGGAGACGACAGUACGUGGGGAUGCGCCUGUAAAGAAGAGGAAGAAAUCGAAAGAUAUACGAUCGUCGCCAAAGUCCGCUAAAUCCGUCAAGCUGGAGAAGUUGGAGAAUGUCUCAACUUCCAGUGGUCCAAUUCAAAAGGGAGAAGAGCCAAGAGCUGUCGUACCUGACCAGGUCAUCGCUCCUUUAUCUAGCGCUAUGGAGAUAGACGAAGCUGCUAUACCUGAUCUCGAGAUCGUACCUCCCGUCGAAUCUCAACCUGUCCCUGAAAAUGUCGUCGAGGAAGAGGCUCGUGUUCCAACUCCACAGCCUAAAGAACCUACACCUCCUCCGCCUGAACCGCCAAAGAAAGUCUCGCUUUCAGACUAUCUUAAGUCGCACAAGUUCCGAAAAGAGUCCCAAACUCCCGUCAGCGAAUUCCCCCCACCAGCUCCAGCACCACCAAAAGUUGAUGAUGUAGUGACGCCUGAGGUGGGGAAGAACGGAGGGGCAACGUUUGAUGAUAUACCUGGAUUCGGAAAUAUCCCUAGUACGACUACUACCACGACGGUGUCUCCGGUGAAAGCUGAACCUCCCGAAACGCCUACGAUGGGAGGAAAGUUGAACCUUUCAGAAUACCUACCUUCCAACAAACCUGGUACACCUCUCGAUACACCCCGAGCUUCGAGUUACGUACCUAGGAAUGUCAGUGGCGGAUCAACAGAUUACUUCCCUUCUCAACCCCAACCUGCUACUCCAUCUACUGCUCCCACCGCUGCGGCGACGACUACUCCAUCGUUCGUACCAAGAGUCAAUUCAAGUUAUGUUCCUCGACAAGCCUCGCUCACAAUGGAAAAUGCAAAUGGACCUUUGACUCCGGGCGGUUUGACAGGUAUCAGUACCAACAGCUACAUACCUCGUCCAAAUACUUCUGAAGAAUCGGUCAAUCUGGGAUCAAGUAAUUCACCUAAUAAUCAAACCGUCGAGAUGCCACCUCCUUUAUCAAUGAGGGAAAUCCCUCCUCACACACCAACAUCGAACAGUAAAUUACCUCCUACAGGUCCGAAGGUACCUCCCACGGGACCAAGGGGAUUGGGUACACCGGGUGGUCUUGGAUUGGGCAAUUCGCCAGUAUCUGGAGGAUUUAGGGGUGGUGCACCUGGAGGUUCAGGUGAGAGAGGCGGUGGAAGAGGUUAUCCUAGGGGAUUGUGGAGGGGAAGAGGUACAGGUUUCAGAGGUGGUUGGAGAGGUAAUUAG